ACGCGUUUUAUUCAAUAAAACGGAUUCGAGCAGCAGCUACGGCUCGUCCAUGUCGUGGUCGCUAUCGCGUUCGAUGAAGCGGGGGUUUUCUUCGCGGACGUCGGCAACUUCGCCGUCCUCCGCGUCUUUCGAGUCGUCAUGUAGGUGAAGUUGGGUGGAGAAGCCUCCCAUGAGAGCAUUCUCCGUCUUGAUUCGGGCGGCCCGCACCUUGCUCUUCUUCAUCUCCUUUUUCUUCUGGUCCUCCAACGCGUAGAUGUCCUUGUACGUUUCCUUCGUCACGCGCUCCUUGAGGAGGGUAAAGAAGGCCCCGCCAAGAGUUCGAGAUCGUCCAGUCACAGUUUUGAGUGUCGACCCUUGCUUCUGCAUGGACAACGUUUCGGUCAACACACUUCGCGCCAACCGUUCGCCGAUCAGCGCCACCACUCGCACGACCAGAUGGAUCUUUCGCUCGCCCAGUACUUGCGCAAUCUCCCUGCCGACACGUUGUGCAUGGCUCUGCUUCUUCCUCUGUCCAUUCUUGUGCCGUGGUUGCUGCGCCUUCGUACCAGGGUCCGGCAUGUUGAGGAACAGCCAAUUCUGAAAACUGGCGGCAAAAUUAUUACCAUCA